CACAAAAAGAGAAAGAGGAAUACCAGUGUCCUUCAAGCAUUGCGAAUGGCAAUUAUGCCGAUCCAGCCACCUGCAGACGAUUCUAUCAGUGCGUUGAUGGCUACCCAUACCUGAAUCGUUGUCCAUCCGGACUCUAUUUUGACGAUCUUCAAAAGUUCUGCACCUUCAAGGAAGAAGCUAAAUGUGGGCCACUUCCAACAACACCGUCACCAGCGACAGAGACCCCAGCUGAUACAGCGCAACGUUGUAAUACGGACGAGUGUCAAUUGCCAUAUUGCUUCUGCUCGAAGGAUGGCACACAAAUUCCAGGUGGUCUAGAGGCGGAAAAGAUUCCUCAAAUAAUCAUGCUGACAUUCGAUGGUGCUGUUAAUUUGAAUAACUAUGAUCAUUACUUAAAAAUCUUCAAUGGAAAGCGAAAAAAUCCAAAUGGUUGCACAAUUCGUGGUACAUUCUUCAUGUCGCAUGAAUAUAG